CCACCUUAAAGUCUGACAGGCUGUAGCAGAGACUACUGUAUAAGAACACGAAGACUUUAAACAUUUUCUGUGUUUUGAGAUUAUUUUUUGUCUUUUGUUGGACUUCAUGAAGAGUACUGAACUGAUGAACUGACAGCUCAGUCUGGAUUAAAGGGCGGACUAGUUUGUCGUGAGGAAUCCAGGGUCUUUAUGUCAGUAAUGUAAUCUUAAUCCCCACGCAUAUUUCUCUGUGGGCUCACGUCAAGAAAAGUGCCUUUUUUUCUCCAACAGCAGGCAGAAAUGUUAUGCCACUUUUCUCUCUUAGUUGUCUUCGGUCUUUUUGCAACCUGAUCGACAACGAAAUUGACCUUAGCAACUUUGUUGUAUCAAUGACUGCUCUACCUCUGUACUACUGGACAGUUUUCUCCGUCCUAUAGUCUCUGGGUGUGAUGGCGGCUGUUCAGAGGUUGAUUCGAUGACUGAAGCUGUGGCCGGAGAAGACUUCCUCCUGGGCUGCAUCUCCUGUAAGAAACGAGAGGAGGUCUCUGCCCAAGCCACGGUGGACUGGCACUUCAGGCCACUUGGAGAGGAGGAGGAGUUCAGACAUAUUUUCCACUAUGACCACCCCACUGCUGACAUCCUUGAUGAGGAUUUCAGCAACCGCCUGGAGUGGCGUGGGACAAUGAACCCAGAUAUUCAGAUAGGAGCCAUUUACAUUCAUAACGUCACCUUCAAUGAUACAGGGACAUACCGCUGCACCAUCAACCGCAUGCUCCUCCUGCCUCAGUACAAUGAGCACGUCACCGUGGAGAAGGACGUGGAGCUUAGCGUGGUGGCUGUGGCCAAUCGGGAGCUGACAUCGGUGAUCUCUGAGAUUAUGAUGUUUGUGCUGAUUGUGGUGCUGCAGCUUUGGCUCAUCGUGGUUCUGGUCUACUGUUACAAGAAGAUCUCAGAGGAGCACGAAGCUCGGGAGGCCCGUAAAGCUCUUAAAGCUCAGGCAAAAUUGUUAGAGUCAAAAGACAACUGUGACGGGGUGCAGCUAGAGUCAUAAAGGUCUUCUCUGCAAGAGCCAAGCUUCGUCUCAGCACCAGGCGUGCAAACAAGGAAAGACCGUUUUCUGUUGAAGACGAUGUUUUAAGCUGAACGGUACAGUUGUUAUUAGGAAGGGCAGAUGUUCUUUAAAAAAUCAGUGAAACAUGAAGUCUGUCUGGUUUCUAUUUUAUCAUCAAAACAAAGAACUGUUUAAAUUGCUGAUGAACCUUUUAUUUGGCUGAUCCCUUCAUGCUGGAAAUCUAAGAGAUGAAAGAUAAUCAGAUUUAAGUGUAAUGUAUUUCUUUUUUUAACAGCUAUUUGACAGAGUCUUAACAGCUGCAUCUGAUACUAACGAGAUAUGUGGAUUAAAGCAAAACAAAAUCUUUGUAAGCCUCUGAAACCAUAACAUAUAGACACGAACAGUCUGCUAGUUGUCUAAAUGGACGAUAAAUUGAUAUUUUUUGAUAAUGUAUUGCAUUUAAAUUGUCACGUUAAGAAUAAGCAUCUUCUUAAUAGCUUGGAAACUCUUCUAAAACAUCUCAUCAACACUGAAUGUGCUGGUAUGCCUCACAUCCUUAGACUACUCUCCUAAUCUGAGGAAAAGUGUGUCUAUAAAGCAUGAUUUAAAAAAAACAAAUCUUAAAAAAGUUAUUAUUCUAGAAGACUCAGUUCUGUGAAUAUGGUGGGUUUAACACAGCCAAGGACUUUUAUAUGUCUUCUUUAAAUCAAUUACAGACACACAACAGAGGAAAGAAGCAAAAAAGAUGCAUCCUUUAUAACAAAUUUUCCAAACAAAAGAAAAAACACCUUGCCAACUGCAUUUUGAUCUUUUUGAGUAACACCAUGUCUGAAAAAUGCCAUAUGAAAUUGUCAUUCUUUAUUGUUAUCGUGUUAUGUGUCUUUUGUAUUUGCAAUGUAGUGAAAUUUUAAAGAUGUAAUGUGAAAGUGAGACUAUCACUGUUAAAGCAGCUUUACUGAGUGUCAGUCCUAAGCUGCAUGUCUUAAAUUUGUCUUGUCAAUAUGCUAAAACACAGUUGUAGCUGAGCCAAACUUCUCUUUUACCUUUCAUCUUUAUACAUUUAUAAAUGAACCUCUGAAUAAAAAAAGUUUUGUCUUUAUUUGUCUAAUGCAUAUGCUGCAUUUGCUGUGUUGGCGAACAUAUAAAUGUACAGUAAAAUAACACUGCAUAAAUAUUAACCCCUUCCAGUCAGCAUUUAGUAGAUUCACCUUUGGCUGCAAUCACAGCACUCAGUCUGUGUGGAUAGGUCUCA